CAUGCUCCUGAGCCCGCUCCAUUCAAAUUCUCUCUCUCUCUUCUCUCUCUCUCUCUCUCUCUCUGUUAUAUAUAUAUUACUCUCUAUAAAUGUAUCCUCACCAUCACUAAAUUUGUUUCUGAAUUGGUACUAGCAUUCAGCUCAGCUUUACCAAAUACCAAACAUGUCACCGGUUCCGGUGCUCCUAAGCCUCACCAUACUCUCUGUGUUCCUCUCCAUAAGUCCGGUCAUCGGAUGGCGUCCGUGGCCCAAUCACAAAUUGAACGCCUCUGAUCUCCAGUUCGGAGGCUCCAAGAAGUUCGAGGGCUCCUCGGAGUUCGUCAAAUUGAAAUACCACAUGGGUCCAGUUUUGACCGCCAACAUCACCAUCCACCCGAUCUGGUACGGCACGUGGCAGAAAACCCAGAAGAAAAUCAUCCGCGAGUUCAUCAACUCAAUCUCGGCCGUCGAUUCCAAGCACCCCUCGGUCUCCGGCUGGUGGAAGACGGUGAUGCUGUACACGGACCAGACCGGCGCGAACAUUUCGCGUACGGUGCACCUCGGCGCAGAGAAGAACGACCGGUUCUACUCUCACGGCAAGUCCCUCACGCGCCUCUCCAUCCAGUCCGUGAUAAAAAGCGCCGUGACGGCACGUUCGCACCCCUUGCCCAUCAACGCCAAGAGUGGGCUCUACUUGUUGCUCACAUCCGAUGACGUGUACGUCCAGGAUUUCUGCGGGCAGGUUUGUGGGUUCCACUACUUCACAUUCCCGUCUAUAGUGGGCUACACGCUACCGUACGCUUGGGUGGGCAACUCUGCUAAGCUGUGCCCAAGUGUGUGUGCGUACCCGUUUGCUGUACCUGAUUAUAUCCCCAACAUGAAACCGCUGAAAUCGCCAAACGACGACGUUGGGGUGGAUGGGAUGAUCAGUGUGAUUGGUCACGAGGUUGCUGAGCUGGCAACCAACCCGUUGGUGAACGCUUGGUACGCGGGUCAGGACCCGGUUUUCCCGGUGGAGAUUGCUGAUCUCUGCGAGGGUAUUUACGGAACUGGCGGUGGUGGGUCGUACACCGGACAGAUGAUGAACGGUGGUGAUGGGACCACGUACAAUAUGAAUGGGAUCAGACGGAGGUUUUUGGUGCAGUGGGUUUGGAACCAUGUGUUGAAUUACUGCAGUGGCCCUAAUGCACUUGAUCAGUAAAUGUUCUUCUCCUGUAUGGACUUUUUUGUCAUUUUAUUAUUUUUCUGUGCCCUUUUUUUUUUUUUUUUUUUUUUGAAGGGGGUUUACUUUUGAGUAUGUUUAUGCAUUAUUAGCUAAAUUUAGUUGAAGCUUUGUUAAAAACUGUAAUAACUUUAGUAUACUAUCUCUGUAUACAAAUAUAUAUUGCAUUGUGUUUGCUCUUUA